AUGGCAUCUACAACAUGCUCAGCCACUAGCCCUCUGCGCAUUCUCGCCGCACUUCUCUUCAUCCCGGCAUUUCCUCUGUGUCUCGUCCAUGGCAUUCUUAAGCACCAUCCCGUUCCGGCUUUGGGUCUCCUGCCACAGUUCUUUUCUAUUGUAGCUGCUGCUGUUGUAUUAGGUUUCCAUCGCAAGAGUGAUGACGAAAAUGGCGAGCACAGCGUUGAAGGAACCGACCAGCCCCCACGUGAGUAUACCCUUCGGGAUAUCAUUGUCCAUCCGGUAGCCGUGUUCUGCUAUGACGUAGCCCUAGCGUCUGGCUAUAUGAUUGUCUUGGUGUUCACUUGGAUUACGACGGAAGGCCCCUCGGGGCUCAGCAUGUUGGCUGCGUAUGCUACAAUCCCGCUACUGGCAAGCUUACAUGGAAGCCUAAUCCACCUAUUUCUCGCCCUCCAAGCCGUCUAUCAUGGACUGGCCAUUCACAGCCUCGUCCAAUGGGUCGCCUGGCGUGCUGUGCCUCCAAGCUGCCCCAACUGCAAUGUUCGCCUGCGCACGUCAUUCCCCGAUUUCCCGUGGCUCAAGUACUUCCGGGCCCGUAGAGACGGGUACGCCGCCAUCCCUGCUAUGGAAGAGGAUCGGUAUCGCGACGAGGCCGACGAAGAGAACGGCAUCGCUCCGCGGGAGCCUGAAGCUGUUGACAUCAUUUCCAAAAAUCGCAAAGGGAAGGGGACGGACUUUGGGGAUGACUCCACUUGGGAAGGCUAA